AUGUCCGAGCAGGUACAAGUACCCGGCCAUCCCCAUCGCCUCUCCCGCCAACCCGCUCCCGCCGUCUUCCCCCCAGAGCUGCCCGGGCAGCUCACUGUCAAGACGUCUUCCUCAAAGAAGAGAAAGCUCGCCCGUCCCUUGACCAUCGAUUUCGACGCCCCGACCUCGCCAUCGCCAGACACCGCCAUCCCCUCGUGCGAGCCCGACGACGACGCCGCCCUCUCCUUUUCCGCCACGCCCAUAGCCUCCGGGCUUGAAGCGCCGCUCUACGUCCGUGCCGGUUCCGUAACCGCCUCCAGCGUGCCCCCGCGGCUGCAGACCCAGGCCCAGGCCCAGAUCGCCUCGUCCCUCGUUUCUGCCGACUACGCUUCCUCUGUUGCCUCGUCCCCCGGCACCUCCUUCUACCCCGAGCCCUCCAUCGACAGCGAAAGAGGAGGAGACGACGCGAGCUCUGUGCGCACCUACGCUAGGAGCCAGUCCCCUUUCCUCAUCUCCAGGAGGGCCCUUGUGAACGGAGAUGCUGAUCUGCCCCAACGUUCAUCCUCUCCGUUGAAGCGACGAGCAUCCAGCAUGGAUCCCGAAACCGCCCCCAAUAAGAACGGCGAUGCCGCCACCAGCGCCGGAGACGUCGAGAUGACAUCGUCGUCCAACCCCUCGGCCGAGCUGCCCCGCGCUAUGAGCGUUGAUAUCGAAGCCUCGGACUCCAAACCCUCGGCCAACAACGGCGCUGACGCCGCCGCCCAAUCUGCCCCUCCUCCCCCACUCAUCGAGCAGGUCAAGAUCAUCGAAAUGCUCCUCAAGGCUUCAGCAGAAAAGCUGCCGCAGGAGGGCGACCAGGCCUAUAUCGUAUCGCGUACAUGGGUGGAUAAGGCGCUGUCCUUGCGCUCGGGCAAGGCCGACGUGACCGAAGUAUCACUGGGCCCUGUCGACAACUCCGACAUCAUCGAGGAAGUCAUCCAAGAGCCUGGCCGUGAAGACUUCGUCCGCCUCAAACCAGGGCUCGACCAGCAGUCGUUUGAACUCUUUCCCGAGGAUGCAUGGAAGCUGGUCAUGGAUUGGUACGGCAUGGUAGAGGGGCAGAAGCCCAUCGUCCGGACGGCCAUCAAUACUGCCGCCGACGCCCAGUCUCCCACUGAAGUCGUCUAUGAGCUGCACCCCCCCAUCUUCCGUGUACACCGCCUCUGGUCGGUAGUGAGCCCGCUCCCAAUCGAGCAGACGCUGAAGGCCGAGAACCCUCCUCCUCUUGCCUUGGUCAGAAGCCGCAAGACUCACGCCCAGGCGUUUAUCAAGGAUAUAAAACGCCUUGCGGGUAUUCCUAUGGACCGCAAAGUUCGUCUCUGGCUGGUAGACACUGAAUCGCUUAAAGCAAAUCAGGCUCCGGCCAAGGCUUCGACUACCGCCAAGGCUCCAGCCCUCCUCACGACACCCCCGGAUUCACCUGGCCGCGAAGACUCCGACGGAGCGGCAGAGUCUGGCUGGUCGCAUCUGCUCGUCGAUGUUGCCACCUUCGGCAGCGUCCCCCGGGACUCCCGACGAGUAGCUACGCUCGAGGACCACACCGUGAACCCCAACUACAACGGCUCUGCCUCCAUCCAGCUCUUUGAUCUAGUGACUGACCAGACCCUCAUCGUGGACGAGAUGGUCAACAAGGGGCUCUGGGUGAGCACAUGCACGAGCCGGUCACUGGUAGAGAAGGCGAUACCCACGCGUACUAAUGAUACCGCAUUGGCCAAACCCUUGAAUAAUCGGACCAGUCCCAGCUCCUCGGAGGGGCCCACCACUCGUGGCAGGAUGCAGAAGAAGAGAAAUGGCCGCAGUGUUGGUGCCGUGGGCUUGCACAAUCUGGGAAACACGUGCUACAUGAACUCGGCGCUGCAAUGCGUCCGCAGUGUGGAGGAGUUGACGAAAUACUUCUUGACGGAUGCGUACGCCGCCGAGCUCAACAAGUCCAAUCCCCUGGGUUACAACGGCAAGGUCGCCAUGGCCUACGGCGCGCUACUGAGGGAGAUUUACGAUGAAGGCAGAGGGUCGGUCAGCCCGCGGGAGUUCAAGAACACCGUUGGCCGCUGCCGAAGCACCUUUGCCGGCUGGGGCCAGCAAGACUCCCAGGAGUUCCUCGGCUUCCUGCUCGAUGCCCUCCAGGAAGAUCUGAGCCGCAUCAAGAAGAAGCCCUACAUCGAAAAGCCGGACUCGACGGACGACAUGAUCAACAACCCAGAGGCGAUCAAGGAGAUGGCCGACAAAGUGUGGGACAUUACGCGAAAGCGAGAUGAUUCCGUCAUUGCUGAUCUCUUCACCGGAAUGUACAAGUCGACCCUCAAGUGCCCUGAAUGUGGUAAAAUCAGCAUCACAUUCGACCCCUUCAACAACCUGACACUGCCCUUACCCGUGGAGAACAUGUGGUCCAAGACUGUCAAGUUCUUCCCUCUCAAUGAUGUCCCCGUCAUGUUCGAGGUUGAGCUGCCCAAGCAUAGCUCCAUCGAGUCCCUCAAGUCGUUCUUGUCAAUUCGCACAGGAGUGCCGCCGAAUCGCCUCAUGGGUGCUGAAGAGUUCAAGGAUCGCUUCUUCAAGAUCUAUGACAACAGCGGAGAUGUGUCGGAAGAGAUUGGUGCCAAUGACGUUGCGACGUUCCACGAGCUGGAAGCUGUGCCUACCAACUGGCCCGCCAAAGGCUAUCAGAAGAAGCCUCGCUCCAUGCUGGACCUCGACGACACCCCGGCAGAUGCUACCGAGGAGUGGAAUGAUCCCAAGUACGAUACGAUGGUGGUGCCAGUCCUGCACCGACGUCCGUUCAGCACUGGCAAAGUACCUGAGGGAACGUCUCCUCCGCACUUCAUCACCCUGACCCGGGAGGAGGCGUCGAGCUACGACAUGAUCAAGCGCAAGGUUUUGGAAAGAGUCGCAACCUUCUCUACCUGGUCAAAGUUUAAAGAACAGCAGAACGCCGAAGGCUCGGAGGCAGACAUGGUCAUCGCUACUGCGUCCGACGCCGACUCCUCUGGAGACGGAAAGGUUGUCGCAAACUCCGUCGAGGGAGAGGACGAUAUCGUUGACGUGACUAUGAAGGACGCUUCGAGCACUGCCAGCGCCAAUGCCACCGUCAUGCCUCCGCCUGAGCUGCCUCUGCCGAAUCAGCCACAGCUUCUCCGCCAAUUCAACUCUCAGCGCCCCAAGUUUGUCCAGCCGGGCGAAUUCCUCGGCCCAGAGCUCCAGGGUCUCUUUGAGCUCAGCUAUUUUGCUAACCGUACAGACGGAACCGUUCCGACGGGUUGGACUAAUGUUGACAACAACAAGACACUUCCGAAGCUGGCGGAUCGGAUCCCCGAGGCCCAAAGGGAGGAGGAAGACCAGCCAAGCCCUGAGAGCUGGAACAGCACCGCUUCUGGUAACGAGGAGAGCAGCAAUGAAGAGGAGAACCCACAGCCAGAGUCGUCGCAGACACGCAUGGCGGACGAAUCCAGCGAAGAGGAUGUGCCUCACGGCGCUCGGACUCUGGCUCGAACUGGUGCAAACCGGCCUCAGAAGCUCGGUACGGGUGGUCGCAAGAAAUUCAAGAACCACAAGGCCUAUGGCAAAAAGGGCAACAAGCGUCGUGACAAGCAAAUGCGUGCUGGAAAGCACGUGCAGCGCUCGCCCGUUGUCGAGUCUGAACCAACUCCUCCGGCAGUAGCUGACGGCGGCCCGUUGAUUCGACUCUAUGAGGGCCUAGUCGUCGAUUGGAGUGAGGAGGCCUGGGAGACAGUGUUUGGCUACACUGGAAAGAAGCAGGAUGCGAGCCAGGGAGCCAAGACAUUCGUCGACCUGGAGACUAUAAAUGAUCCUGCUCUCAAGAUCAGCCAGAGGAAACGCCAAUCCCGCCGGUCCCGGGGCAUUACCCUGGAUGAGUGUCUCGACGAAUUCGAAAGAGCCGAAGUUCUGUCGGAGCAAGACAUGUGGUACUGCCCGCGGUGCAAAGAGCACCGGAGAGCUAGCAAGAAGUUUGAUCUGUGGAAGUCGCCAGACUAUCUGGUUGCCCACCUGAAGCGCUUCAGCAGCUCCGGAUGGCGACGAGACAAGUUGGACGUGCUGGUCGACUUCCCAAUUGAAGGGCUCGAUCUCACCUCGCGCGUCAUUCAAAAGGAAGAAGGAAAGGAAGAGAUCUACGACCUCAUCGCCGUUGAUGACCAUUAUGGUGGGCUGGGCGGAGGUCACUACACCGCUUACGCAAAGAACUUUGUCGAUGGGCGGUGGUAUAACUACAAUGAUUCUUCCGUCUCAGCCGUGUCUGACCCGUCGUCGGUGGUGACGAGCGCAGCGUAUCUGCUCUUCUACCGCCGGCGCACCAGCGGCCACCUAGGCGGCCCGCGAUUCGCCAAGAUCUUUGAAAAGUACAACACGGACACGAGUGGCGACGACGAGGGUGAAUCCGAUGAUGGCCUUGGCAGAACCGUGGGCUCGAGUUCCGCCGCUCCUCACACCACGAUCAAGUCUCUGUCGGAUAGCCACGAAGCGGAGCUGCCCCCUUAUGAGGAGGCCAUCCGAAGCAUCGAAGACGAAGGCUUGGGCGCUUCGGGCAGCUACCAAAUCGCAGCUCCGAAAUUCGACAUGACGCAGAGCUGGAGCUUCAACAACCUCGACGGUAGUGGAGCUGACGGAUCGACAGCUGCCGACUAUGCUAGUGACGACGCGCAGUUUGAUUCCUCUGCCGAUGAGCGAGGUGGCUCUAGGGAAGAUUUGUUUGAAGCCGAUACUCACAUGGCGUCGGUUGGCUCGGUGAACGGAUUCACCAACGGAGAAGCAGCGUCUCCCGCCGGGGCCCACGAGGAGGUUCUCACCGUGCCUACUGGGCCCUCGGGUGGCGAGGAUGAGGACGAGGUUGCCGAAAUCCACAUUGAGGGCGAUAACGUCGCCCGCAGCGAGUGA